GCCAAACAGACAGCGCUGGCCUGUCUAUCAAGUCAGGUGAGGCGCAAUGGCAGCGGCCGGGGCGGCGGAACACACGCGCAUCUCGCAGGUGGGCUUGGCGGCGCGGAGUCCCGAGGGACACGCGGCCAAGGGUGGCAUGGCCAUCAAGGGCAACGAGGACAUGUGGGUGCACAUCCAGGCCAACACCUUCCGCAACUGGGUGAACGAGCACCUGAAGACGGUGGGCCUGGCGGUGCGCGACCUCGCCACCGACUUCAGCGACGGCACCAAGUUGGUCGCCCUCGUCGAGGUGCUGCAGAAGCGCAACCUCAGGCACAUCAAACGACCCGCCAACCCGCACCAGUACCUGGAAAACGUCACCGCGGCCCUCAACGCCGUCGCCGAGGACGGCGUCAAGCUCGUCAACAUAGGAAAUGUGGACAUUGUGAACGGCAACCUGAAGCUGAUUCUCGGACUCAUCUGGUCACUGAUUGUGCGAUACCAGAUCGGCCGCUCAAAAUUCCCACCCAAGAAAUUGAUGCUCUCUUGGCUCAAGGCAGUGCUACCCGAGUGUCAGGUGCACAACUUCACCUCGGACUGGAACUCCGGAAUCUACCUCAGCGCCCUGCUUGACUAUUGCAAGCCGGGCCUCUUCCCUCACUGGCGCUCAAUUGACCCCAAUGAUUCCGUCAAUAAUUGCCGUCGUGCUAUGGAACUUGCGCAACGCGAGUUCCGCAUACCAAUGGUGCUGGAACCCGAGUACCUGGCGUCCCCUCACCUGGACGAAUUGUCCGGGAUGACUUACUUGAGUUACUUCAUGAAAGAGGACAGCCCUGGUUUUCACGCCACUUUGCGUUGGGUCAAUUCGCAACUGCCCAACCGCAACGUCAAAAAUUUCACGCGUGAUUGGAAUUCGGGCAUGGUUUUGUGCGAUUUGGUGCACUCUCUGGGUGGGCCAGUGCCCGGCUACAAAAAGCUGACUGGCGAUGCCGACAGUUGGGAGAACAACCUCAAUUUAGGCAUCGGCGGCGGCCAGCGACUUGGAGUCCAGCCAAUCCUCAAGGCCAAGGACAUGGCUGACCAAAACGUGGAGCACCUCGGCGUGAUGGCGUACGCGGCGUACUUCCAAUGGGUGAAGGCGCGCAACCAGCCGAGCGAACGCCUCGCGGCCCACUGGACGCAGCACAGCUCCAGAAUCAACAAAUCGGCACAAUUCAAAAUUGAGUGCUUGGAAGACACGGUAGACGUUAGUGAUGUCAAGGUCGAAGUGGUCGGACCCUCCGGAAGGCUGGACUGCCGCUUUAAUAUGACUGCAAACGGCGGUCAGGGCAGUUGUACCCCGAACGAAGUUGGAAUGUAUCAGCUUUUUGUCUACUGCGAGGGUGAAUUGAUUCAGGGCUGCCCCACCAGUCUUAGAGUAAUGCCAGAAGUGACCACCAUCUCAUACCCAGGGAUGGAACCUUGUGCCAUAGGAUCAAUUGUUGAAGUUCUGGUCAAUAGUUACGGUGCCAAGGCGGGAGGAGUGGAGGUGAUCGCGCAUUCGCCCACCGGCAGACAACUCGAGUGUCCGGUCAACGAGCGCGAUGGCGUGUACACGGCCAACUUCCAGCCCGACGAGGCCGGCGAGUGGAACAUCCACAUCACGCACGGCGGACAGAACAUCCAGGGCGGGCCGUACACCUGCUUCGUUUUCGACCCGAACGGCAUCAAGUUGGAAGGUUUGGACGGCGCCGUUCCCGGGAGGCCGCACAGUUUCGUUUGCGACACUUCGGCGACCGGUGGGCUCGGUGACGUGGUGCUCGACAUAACCCUUUCCGGCAAGUCCAUCCAGCAUCAGGUCGAGGAGCUCGGCCCGAACAGAUACAGCGUGUCCUUCCUGCCCGCCCAGCCAGGGAAAUAUAAGGUUUACGUCUACUUCAACGGCGCUGAAAUCAGAGGUUCUGCUUUUAGUAUGCGAAUUGGCAGCUACAAAAGCACAAAGCAACACAGUUCCAGUAAAUCGCACCAUAAUAGUUACGCAGAGCAAAGCAGCCAUAGAUUGAAUAGGGACACUCCAAGCUACUCAUAUAAAAGUAAUGAUAACCCCUCACCACAGUACUGGUACAAUAACUCCAAUAACACAAGACUGAUUCAAGAUGAAUAUCGGCAACACACGCCACCGAUGGUCAACACGUCGGACAUUUACGCCGUCAGCACCAAGAAGUUGAAUUCGACCAUGAACUCGACCCUGAAUUCAUCCUUAAAUUCGACUUUGAACUCCCCGAAGCAGGUGACGUCCACCUUAACUACUCAUUUGCGAGAAGUGUCACCGAUUCGUUCUCCUUCGCCUCGACUUGUCCACGCGCCAUCGCCGGUCACCUACAGUGCUACGGUCAAACACUCUGACUCGUCAUUCAGCAACAAUGAGUACAGCACGAGCAGGAUAACCUCAGAGAGCAGAUAUCACAGCGAGAAUAGGUACUCGAGCAGCAAUGGCCGACUUUUGUCCCCGCCGUCGCCUCCACCCCUGCAGAUUCGCAGCUCGCCCCUGAUGAAUGGCAGCAGGAGCCCCGCAUUCAGCCCAACGAACUUGAGAGCCACGCCGUCCCCCAAGCCACCUGGCCAGGUUGAUACUUCGUCCAACGUUAGAGUUUCGUCCAUGAUGAAUAAUUUGAACCAGAGACGCGACUCGUGGGACGCCUUAGCAAAAACCAAAUCGCUUCUUUCGCACGGAAGUCUUGAGUCUGUCGCCAAUGUAGCUGAAAAAAUUGAAAUAAGACGUCCCUCUUUUGAAAGGUCCUCGUUUGACACGCAGCAGCAGCAUCGCUCUUCGUAUGACACGCAGCAGCUCCGAACCUCCUCUUAUGACACCCAACAACUUCGGUCCUCGUUCGACAGCCAACAGCAUCUUCUGAGCCACUUUUCGGCGCCGGCCGACCAACCCAAGCUGGUCGCCGUCCACAGACAGGCGUCGGUGCGCUUCAACACACCUGGCUACGACGCCAUGGACGUGUCGGCCUAUGUAACUGGGCCGUACCUGAGGAGCAUCCCUUGCAGCGUCUCGCAGCGCGGCUCUUCCGAACUGGCCGUCAACUUUGUGCCCGUCGAUGUUGGCGAGCACAUUGUGGAGGUCAAAAGCGGCGACCACAGAAUUGGCGGAUCACCAGUCAAGGCGCAUGCUUUCAACUCCCAGGCCAUUCAAGUUGGACGCAUUCCUGACGGAUUUGUAGGAAAAUCAGUGGAAUUUGAAAUUGACGGUUCGAGGGCUGGCUCUGGAAACCUAGAGAUUCUUGUGAACGGGGGCCACGUGACAAGUUUUGUGCGCGACCUGGGAAAUCAGCGCUUCAUGGCAUCGUUUGUGCCGCACGAACCUGGGUCACACUUGGUGGAAAUGACCUUCAAUGGCGAACCAGUGCCAGGUAGCCCGUGGCAGGUGGGAGUGAUGUCGUCGUCAGCCACCAGUCCGCCGCUGCCAGUGGCUUCGUCGACCAAGAUGACUGUCCUCGGAGAGACAGUUCGUCUGGUGGCGUGUGGAGCCCCGGCCGCUUUCGAACUCAGCGCGCCGGGGUUUGAUCGCGACGAAAUCCAAGUCCAAAUCAUAAGUCCGUCCAAGCGGCCUGUGACCUCUCGCUUGAAUGAGCAGGGCGCGGGUCAGUUUCGCGUGCAGUUCGUCCCCAAAGAGGUGGGCAGUCAUCUAGUUGAGGUGAGCAUUGGUGGCUGCAGCCUUCCUGGAGGACCACUGGUCGCCAAAGUUUACAACGCCGCCCUGAUCCGAGUCACCGAUAUUGGCAACGGAGUCGUUGGUCAAUCGUGCCAAUUUAAAGUUGACGCAAGUCAAGCCGGCGAAGGGCAACUAGAAAUCUCUGUCAACGAAGGCGAAGUGCCUAACCACGUUGCCGUGGUCGGCGGUGGUCGUUGCCUGGUGAGCUUCACGCCCGAGUUGGCCAAACCGCACACGAUCGACAUAAAGUUCAACGGCGAACCUGUGCCAGGGUGUCCGUUUGUUUGCUCCGUGUCCGACACCAGCCGCGUCAGUCUGACGCUGCGCAACCUCGAGUUGGUGCCGGUCAACGAAACCGCCAAGUUCCACAUCGCGGUCGACGGCAGCGGCAGCGCCGAACUGGCCGUCUCGGUUCGAGGACCCGCAUCCGAGCUGCCGGUAAAGGUCACUGGCAGUGUCCACAGCGGCUUCACGGCCGAGUUCACGCCUAGGGACGUCGGCACCCAUUCCGUCACUGUCGAGUACAAUGGACACCCAGUGGCGGGAACGCCUUUUGUGGCAAAGGCUUAUGACCCCAAAAGGGUCUUCGUCGGGCCUCUGCCAAGAGGAUCUGUCGGAAAAAGUCUGCAGUUCACAGUUGACGCAAGCCAGGCGGGCGAAGGCAACCUGGAAAUCACGAUAAGCGCGCGUGGCCACAACAUCCCGACGCAGGUGCACCCGCAGGGCAACGCACGCUUCGCCGUCAGCUUCAUUCCGCUCGAGGCCACCGACCACACGAUCAGCAUCAACUUCAACAAGGUGGCCGUGCCCGGGUCGCCGUUCGUCGCCCGCGUGGUGGCCGACCCGCACCACAUCAUCGUCAGCGGACAAAACCUUUCUUCGUCGGCGGUCGGAAAGCCGGCGUUCUUCACCAUGUCCAACGUGACCGCGGCGCUGGACGACAUCGAGGUCAACGUUGAGGGACCGAAUGGACAGUCAGUGGCUGCGCAGGUCAAAGACAGCGGCAACAAUUCGUUCCGCGUCGAGUUCAGUCCGCGCACCGCCGGCGAACACCGCAUCGCCGUGUCCGUGGCGCGAGAGCCUGUGCCGGGGUCACCGUUUUCCUGCAAGGCGUACGAUGUCAAGGCCAUCAAGGUCAAGGCCGCCACCACUGGCUCCAUCGCCAAACCGGUCACUUUCCUUGUUGAAACAAGUCAGGCUGGACCAGGAAAUCUCGAGGUGACUGUCAAUGGUGGGCGCGUGCCCACCUCAGCCCAGGCUCAGGGCAUUCACACUUACGCCAUUUCUUUCACUCCGAGGGAAGCUUCACUGCACACGGUGGAGCUCAAAUUCAACGGCGAAGACGUUCCAGGGAGUCCAUUCUCAGUUACAAUUAAUGAAGCUGCUAGGAUAAUGCCUGGUGCUGAGGAAAAAGUGCCUGUCGGCAAGAAAGCGCAGUUUUGGCUUCACGCCGCUCAAGGGAAGCCUGUCAUUACCGUGCUCAGUCCAUCAAGACGCGCUUUGGAGGUCGAGAUCACCGAACCAGCGCCCACAGACCCGCGAGCCAAUCAGCUCAAUAUUUCAUUUACGCCAAUUGAAGUUGGGGACCACAGUGUUGAAGUGAAAAUUGCUGAGGCACACGUGGAAGGAUCACCUUUCCUACUCAAGGCUUACGACUCUACAAAGGUCAAGGUGACUGAUGUGACCUCUGGAGUUGUCGGAAAGCCUGUUUACUUCAGCAUAAAUGCAAGCCAAGCCGGCGCUGGGAAUCUCGAGAUCAUUGUUUCCGUCAAUGGACGCAACGUUCCCAAUUAUGUGCAGUCCGAGGGCAACGCCAGGUUCAGAGUCAACUUCAAACCGCAAGAGACGGCACCGCACCUGCUAAGUGUGCGAUUUAACGGCGAAUUGGUGCCUGGCUCGCCGUUCACUUGCAAAAUUGUGGACGCGGGCCAGGUCGUUGUGUCAGGUCAAGCCCUGCGACAGGCAGCCAUCAGCCGCCCAGCGUUGCUGACGAUCGACCCUCAAAAUCCCUCCGUCCAAGAGUGCGUGGUGACUGUCCUUGCGCCAUCUGGCCAAAAUGUACCCACGGUUAUUUCUGGCUCGGCCCAAGACAAAUUCUUUGCCACAUUUACACCAUUUGAAGUUGGCCGGCAUGCAAUAUCAGUGGUAUUGGAUUCUGAGCAUGUGAAAGGCAGUCCAUUUGCGUCCAACGUUUAUGAUGUGAACCAGGUCAAAGUCACCGGACUCAAUCCGUUGGGUCACGUUGGAACCCCAGUUCCCUUCCAAGUAGACGCAGCCGAAGCUGGUGAAGGAACCUUGGAGCUUGUGGUGUCCACGGCGCAAGGAACCGUCAAGGCUGAGGUGGUUGCUUGUGCCAGAGGUCUCUACAGGGUCACUUUUGUCCCAACAAGGACAGAACCGCACUACGUCCACAUUUCCUUCAACGAAGAAGACGUCCCUGGCAGUCCUUUCGAGUGCAGAGUGGCCGACUCGUCCGCCGCCCCGUCGGAGCAAGUUCUGCGUCGGUUGUCCGCACCUGAAGGCCUUGAGGUCAAAGGCGAAGGUCUGCAUUUGGCGGUGGUCGGGGCGCCUGCGUUCUUCGACGUUGACCCUGGAGGGACGGAGCCUCCGGACAUUGAGAUAAUGGGGCCGGACGGAUCCGACAUCACCGUCCGACUGGUCAAAGUGCCGGAGGGACGGAAGUACCGCGCCGAGUACCGCCCCACCAUGGUCGGUGUCCAUCAGGUUUGGGUCAGAAAGGAAGGCCUGGCCGCUGCCAACAACCCCUUCGAAGUUGAGGUCUUUGAUCCGAGCCAGGCCAGCAUUACACACGUGUCUGAGGCAGUCUGCAAACAACCUGUCACCUUCACCAUAGACACUUCCAAAGCCGGACGCGGUUCUCUGACGGUUUCUGUCAAAGCUGCCGGAAGAGACGUCAAGGCGGCUGUGAGGGACAUUGGCCACGGAAGACACGAAGUUUCCUUCUUGCCGUCUCUGAGCACCCCACACCGAAUCGACGUCAAGUUGAAUGGCCUCCACGUCCAAGGCUGUCCGAUGGAAAUUGCAGUCCGCGACAAAACCACAGCCCGCGAGAUGGCUGCCUCCGGUCGAGGUCUUUACCAGGCGCAGGCAGGCAGAGAGGCCAACUUCACCAUCGACACGCUGGGUCGGCAGGCCAGGGAGUUUGACGUCGUCGUCACCGGCCCUGGUGGAAUUGCGGUGCCUGUCAGGUGCUACCAGCAGAAAGAUGGAAACCUCCUGGCGCAGUACACACCACCAGGUGCCGGAUCUUACACCGUUGAGGUUCUGCAUGGGACGAAGGCGGUCAAAAACUCCCCCUUCUUCUGCCAGGCGUUUGACGCGUCGAAGGUGCGCCUCGCCAGCAUCGCCUCAAAGACAACUGUCGUCCACGAACCGAUUUCUUUCCAAGUUUUGAGGAAGGGCGCUGGUUUUGCGGAACUUGACGUCACCGUUACAAGUCCAUUGGGACAAAAUCUUCCCCUGAACGUGACCAGUGGAGAUCAAGCAGAGUCUGAUUUGAUUACAUUCACCCCGAGUGCACCAGGGCAAUACAGAUUUAACAUCAAAUAUGGUGGACAAGAAAUACCAGGUUCUCCUGUCUCAUUUGCGGUCGCUGAAGAGGGUUUUGCAAUGCAGAAAGUUAGCAGUGAUGUGCUUGACACAAGCAGUAAUGUGAGAGCAAAUGGAAUGGAUUACGGCGAGGUCAGUUUGAAUGGUCCUGCGCUGGAGGGCUGCAGGGUUGGAAGAGAAACCUACUUCAUGAUCAAUUCCUCCAAGCCCGUACCAGGCAAUCCCGAGGCAGUUCUGAUUCUGGACGGUGUCAGCUACCCUGUGAGCAUCAAGCCGGAGGGCGUGCGGGCGCACAGAGCCACCUUCACCCCUGCCGAGAGUGGCAACUACAAACUGCACGUCAAGUGGGCUGGCAAGGAGGUCAAGGGGUCGCCCUUCUCAGUGCUCGUCUCCUCCGUGGCCGAUGCCAGCCAGGUCGUCUGCUCUGGCGAGGGUCUCAGGGUGGGCACCGUGGGCAAAGAGAUCCGCUCGUUUCUGGACACUCGCCGGGCUGGCCCUGGGGAACUGACGGCCCAGUGCGUUGGCCCCAACAAGGUGGCCUACUGUGAACUGUACGACCACGGCGACGGCACCUUCACCCUGAACGUCAAACCUCAGGAGGCGGGAAAACACGCUUUGUCAAUCAAAUACGGAGGUCAGCACGUCCCUGGAAGUCCGUUCAGUUUGAGAGUCGCAGGGUCACCUGAUGCAUCAAAGGUGCGGGUCUUCGGACCUGGAAUUGAACAUGGAGUCCUUGCCACCUUCCAAUCGCGAUUCAUCUGUGACACCAGGGGUGCUGGAGCCGGCCAACUGACUGUCCGCAUUCGAGGGCCCAAAGGUGCUUUUCGAGUUGAGAUGCAAAGAGAGACGCAGAGAGACAGGUCUAUCCUGUGUAAAUACGAGCCCACGGAGCCAGGCGACUACAAGUUGGAGGUCAGGUGGGCAGGUCAACACGUCCCAGGGUCUCCGUUCUCAGUGAUGAUCUUCGACACGCAAGAGGAGCUCAACAAAUUCAUGCAAGGCAACGGGUCGCCGCCCGGAGCGCCGGCGCUGUCCGAACUGUACGGCAGCGUCGGCUACUCGAGCGCAACCUACUCGUCGCCGCUCGCCCUUCACCAGCACCAAGCACCCUGGCAAGGGUCGCAAGCCCAACUGUGAGACAGUUUUAUGAAUUGAGAAAUUGAUUAUAUUUGUGAAUGCCUUUUUUUAUAUUCAUGAUCAACACACAAAUUAAAUGCCAUAUUUAAAUGUACGCCUUGCAAUGUUAUCAUAAAUAUUUAAAAAAAAAAAUGUUGAUAGUUUGUUUAUGGUCUAUUUAAUCUCAAGAGCUAAUAGCUAAUAAUGAAAAAUGGUAACAUCCCAAAAUGUUAUGUAAUUUUGUGUGGGAAAAUAUAUUCUGUUAUGUAAUACAA